CUGCUUCCCGCCCGAUGCCCACAACAAGUGCGAGUGAGAGGGCGAGUUGACUUUUGACGCGGCUUGCCUGGAAAACAAGGCGUUGGCGUCAUGGCGGUCGGUUCGGGCGGGGUGUUGUGAUAGUGCCGUCUUCUUUUCUGGAUCCCGCAAUGUUUCGUUGCUGAAGUAAAGCGAAUCCGGGUGCCCCACAAACCGCCGCAGUUUGCACCGCAAGUUUACUGCAUCGGUUUCGGUUCCGCCGAGCGGCCUGCAGUCAGUCGCACGGAGCGACUCCAACCAAGAUGGGGUGGCACCUGUUGUUGUACACCUCCUUGGCCAUCCUCGCCUUCGGCGUCAACGUUAUCCUGUGCCAGUAUGAAUGGCAGGCCAGGGACCAGUUCGACGAGGUUCGCGCGCAGAUGGACCGCGUCACCAAGGACAACUGCCCGAUCCAGCACCUGGGCGACCUGUACCUGCCCGAGGACUCCGUCAGCCACAUCCCGGACAUCAAGGAGAUCAACAUCAACCCUGUGUUCCCCAACAGAACUGCCUUGCUGCAUUUGCACAACAUGGCCAUGAGCAGAGCCUUCUUCUUCUCGUACAUCCUGCAGACAAGGUUCAUUCGACCUGCCAUCAACGACACUUAUGACCCUGGUAUGAUGUAUUACUUCCUGUCGACUGUGGCAGACGUGUCAGCGAAUCCCUACAUCAACGCUAGUGCCAUAUACUUUGCUCCGAACACAUCGUACACACCCACCUACAGGGGCUUCUUCAAUAAAACAAUGCCAUUUUUUGCUCCAAGAUCUUACAGGGAGGAUGACUUCAACGAUCCGAUUCAUCUUGAGCGCUUGUCUACUCGGAACACAUUUACUGUCAGAGAUCUAGGAGCUUUCCCUCGUGACAGUCUCAGCCAGGAUUACUCAUCAGAGUAUUACAGAAUCAACGAAUGGUAUCGAAAGUGGUUACCCGACAAUGUAGUUGGGCGCCAUGAUACUAAAACAACAUACCGUGUUUCUAUAAGAUAUGCAAACAAUACUAAUGAAACCUUCACCUUCCACGGACCUCAAGGUGCAUAUGAGGAGCCAGGCCCUGUCAAAUGGACUCGACCCUACUUUGAUUGUGGUCGUUCAAACAAAUGGCUUGUGGCAGCAGUGGUCCCUAUCGCUGAUUUGUACCCAAGACAUACAGGUUUCCGUCACAUUGAAUACCCCAUGUAUACUGCAGUGUCUGUAAUUGAAAUGGACUUUGAUCGUAUAGACAUUAAUCAGUGUCCGAAAGGACAAGGAAACAAUGGUCCAAAUUUGUUUGCAGAUACCUCUCGAUGUAAAAAAGAAACGACAGAAUGUGAACCUAUUCAUGGUUGGGGCUUUAGAAGAGGAGGAUACCAAUGUAGGUGUAGACCUGGGUUUAGACUCCCAGGUGUGGUGCGGAGACCAUACUUGGGUGAAAUAUUAGAACGUGCGUCAGCAGAACAAUACUACAACAAUUUCGAGUGCUCAAGGAUUGGCUGGAUUCACAAGAUCCCUGUCAAAUGGGACAAAGUCCCAUUAUACAUGAAGGAGUAUUAUUUGGAUAAGUUCCCGGAGUACAGAAAUGCAUCCAAAGGAGCCAGGUCUCUCCACACUGGAAAGGUUAAUAUUGAUGAAGUUCUCAGGUUCAUCUUUUCUGUCAAUGAAGCGAAUUGCAAACAAUACCACCCUCAGGAUCUUGAACUGCAUGGUGAUAUUGCACAUGGUGCUGAUGAACAGUUUGAAAAUGAGGCCAAGAUGGCUUCACGUCUGGCCAAUUUCAUCAGUGCCUUCCUUCAAAUUUCAGACCCUAAAGAGGUGUUCUCGGGCAAAAGAGUAGCAGACCAACCCCUAACGGAAGAUCAAAUGUUUGGGGAAACUUUAGCUCUGGUCAUGGGUGAUACAAAGAUUUGGUCUGCUGGAACAUAUUGGGACCGUAAAAAGUUCACCAACCGAACUCUAUUUGCCCCAUUCGCUUACAAAGAGCAACUUAAUGCUAUUGAUUAUAAACUUGAAGAUUUGGCCCGGUUGAACAAGUCAGAUGAAGUUUAUUUGAACAAACCCUGGUUCAAAUUCCUAAAGCAACGCUGGUCAACCAAUUUUGAUUCUUUAGAGAAAUACUACAUGAAAAUCAAACUGCGCUUCAAUGAAACUGGAGAAACUCUGAAGAAAUAUGAGCAUUAUCCCAACCAUUACAGGGCUGCCAAUCUGAACCAUGGUCAUUGGACUCCACCCUAUUUUGACUGUGAGGGCAAAGUAAAGAAAUGGGUCAUUACCUAUGCUGCUCCAUUUUUUGGAUGGGACAGCUUGAAAGUGAAGCUUGAAUUUAAGGGUGUGGUGGCUGUCACAGUUAAUUUACGCCAGCUGGAUAUAAACCAGUGUCCAGAUAAAUAUUAUGUACCCAAUGCCUUCAAGGAUACUCAUAAGUGUCCUAGAAAGUCUUCAUACUGUGUUCCCAUCCUUGGCCGUGGCUUUGAGACAGGUGGCUACAAGUGCCAAUGUCUUCAGGGUUAUGAGUAUCCAUUUGAAGACGAGAUUACAUAUUAUGAUGGCCAGCUUGUGGAAGCCGAGUUUUCAAACAUUGUUAACGACAAGCCAUCUAGGUAUGACAUGUUCAAAUGCCGUGUCGCGGGUGCCUCCAGUGUGCAAAGUAGCUUUGUGGUGCUGUUUAGUUUUGCAGCUGCCCUGCUAUACUAUUAUAGGUGGUAAUAGAAGCAAAUUUUUUAAAACAGUGAUCUCAGACUUGGUUCACCUGAGCAUAAAUUUCAAGAACAAAUAUUGUGAAGCUCAUUGCAAAUAGUUUUCUUAAGUUAAAACUAUUUAAAAACAAAAAUUAGCUGAAUUCUGUACUAGGUGAUAUAUCAAUAACACAUUCCAUGAAGUUUUGGUCCUUGUGCAUCAAGAUAUUAGUGUUUGGUAUAUUUGAUUGAUUCUCAACUGAAAGACCAGUAUUUUAUAAUUUUUAAGGGAACAUAUUCCUUAUUUAUUGUUUGUGCCUUAAAUGAUAUUGUGUAGGUUUGCGACCUAACUUUAAUUGACUGACUGGAACAUGGCAUGAUUGAGUAAACAUAUUUUGCAUACUUGUUGUCUGCAAUACUGGUUUGCAUGAAUUGACUGUCUCAUACCAGUUACAAAGUAAGAAACUUUGUCAUCAUUCCUUGAAACAAAUUGACUAAAAUUUUAUACUUUUUUGAUUUUUUUAUGUUUGUGAUUUGGAACAAUGUGCCUUGUUAUUCCUGAUAUUUAAAAGAACCACCCAUUGGUGCCUUUUUAAAAAGUUGAUGUCCUCCAGCAAUUAAAUCCCUUAAGAUUUUACUCCAAAAUAACUUUGAUUACAGGAAGUCACUGCCUUCUUUUUGUGAUACUGAAGGAAAUGUCCAUAGGCUUUUGUAGUUUAGAGAGGCCUGUUCUUCCAUAUGAGUACUUCUUAUCAAUUCUGUAAAUGCACUUUAUUAGUUACCUGACACCUGACAAACUUUUUAUUAGUAAUAAUUUCUUUACAAGCUUCUAAUUUUGUAAAUAGAAGGUUCUGGACACAACUGUGUCACAUCUUGAAAAGUAAGAACUCAUUGAGGGGAGUGAAGUCAAGCAUGAACGGUACUGAAGUUAAUUUUCCAUCCAUUGAAUCCGUCCAAAGUGUUUAUUGCACAAAUUUUUAUCUUGUCUCAUCUAAGCUAGUUCUUUGUACAUUUUUUUACAGAAAAAAACAUUAUGUAGAUGAAUCUCUUAACUUAUAGUUUAUUAUUAAGUUGUUGGUUUUAGACAGAUCAUUUUAGUUAUAGGUUUACUGUGUCCAUAAACAUAAAUGAAAUCUUUUCUUUUGUCACUAGUGAACUGAUGUAACUGUCUUUAUAUUAAUUUUUAAUGUCACUUCAAUAAACAAUUUUAAAUGACAA